AAAUGUAUGUGGGAUAUCAACAUAUUGACAUAAAUUGCAUCUGUGAUUUUCAAAUUGUAAUCAGAGCAAUAAUACCCAAUGAUGGUAUCUGAAUUCGUCGAGACCUAUUCAUAAGAGGAAAAAAGACAGAGGAGCGGUAAUGGAGAACUUUACAUUAGGAAAAGCAGCUCUGAAUUUAUCUUUAAAUUUGACACGAAAUGUCGCCCGACCUCCUGUCCCUUACGCUGGGGUCCCCUUCUCCUGGAAAUUAAUAUCCUCCAUUAUUUUGGUGACUGGUUGUAUAGGUAAUAUACUCACAAUUUUCUCCAUAUUUCGGGACAAAAAUUUGAAAACCCCUACUUAUAUUCUAAUUGCCUGUAUGGCGAUUGCGGAUCUUAGCGCCAUCAUCGUACGGUUCAUCAUUUUGACUUGGAAUGUUUUUUUACCGGAUGUGCUGCCAAAUCCGGUCGAGUUUUCGUUGACUUCUGCCGCUGUUGGCAUGGUGGUGGUCCAAAGUUCUUGUUUACACGUUGUUUUAUUCGCGUAUGUGCGGUAUGCUCUUUUGGUACAUCCAUUAUGGAGUCGUUUUGCCAUUACCUCUGUACGGGUUGUAUAUGCCUCAUUGGCAGUCUGGGCAUUAAGUUUCUUUUUGGGAAUUCUCUAUGGCUUGUUUGGGCUUUUUAUCACUGAGGAAUUCGACAUACUCGUCCUCGAAAUCAUUUACAUUUCGUAUCUAAUAGCAGCAACGAUGGUUCCCAUCGCUAUUCUCCACUUACUCAAGAUUUAUCACUUGAAGAAAUCACGGACUCACGAGUGUACGAUGAUCACCAAGAGGAUGACUCUAAUCUCAGGGAUUGUGAUAUUCGUCCAGAUCAUAACCAUGGUUCCUGUCACAGUUAAAGUGAUAGUUCUGUUAGCUAAGGGAUUCGCCCCUGAUACCUCUGACGUCACAGACUUGAUUGUCCACCUUAUGCUCAGUGUGGGGAACAGUAUCAACCCUGUCAUUUAUUUCUUGAUGUCCAAACCCCAAAAUAGACACUGGAGUCGAUUUCACCUGUGUUUUUCAUAAGUCUGUGUUCAAAAGUAGGUAAAGAUUUUCAUUCACAUGUUUAUUGUAUA